AUGGCGCUCCCACAUCCCUUCAUCGACCUCGACAAGGCUUACAACUCUCCCAUCGACACAUUCGUCAACAUCAUCGGCGUCGUCGUCGACCUCAUGGCCCCAACCCAGGCCUCGAGCGGGCAACACCUGAUGACUUUCAAGCUUCUCGAUCCGCAUCUACGAGACUCCGCCUUAUCAAAACGAGGCCUCCCGGCACGUUGGUUUUGCAAAGAAGCCGGCCACCUGCCCAAAGUCCGGCAGGUGGGAGACGUAGUGCUAAUCCGGAACAUUAAAAUGACCUCGUGGAGUCAGCAGCCUUUAGCCCUGUCGAACUACCAGACCGAAGUCACCGUCUUCCCGGCCGCGUCCAUCCCCUCGCCCAAUUUCGAAAUCGCAUACCAGGGCCGGCAGCGUGUUGAGACGCUGGGGAUCCCACAGCACCUGAAGAAGUUGACGCUGCAGGAGCAGACGUACGUGAUUCAGCUCAAGCAUGAUAUGAGGGACACUUUGCAGUCGUGGACCAUCAAACCUGGCUUUGAUGACGCUCCGACUCGUCCCCCAAUCAACGUUCCAACGGCGCCUACAGCCAUGCGAAAGCGACCGGGAGAAGAGCCGACAGCGCCACCCGAACCCAAGCGAUCUCGACUGGGUCCCAAAUAUAAGCUCAUCCAUGAUCUUCGAUAUCCCAUGUGGGCAGACUUGUUAGUCCAGGUGGUCAAGAAAUUCGCAAACAACUUUGGUUCCUGCGAACUCUAUGUCACCGACUACACAGAAAACAAGGAGAUGUUCUACUACGACACGCCGGAAGAGGAGAAGAAGUACAAAGACGACCGCGACGGCGAUCCGUACGACUACCUGACCUCUGGCCACGGCAAGAAACGAGCCUGGCCGGGACCAUACGGCUGGCUCGUGCUGAAGAUGAACGUCAAGGAUCCGCACGCGCAGUACGCCAAUCGCGAAGUGGAGGAAGGUGACUUUGUAUUAUUGCGGAACGUCAAAACGAAUGCCAAGAAUCGCUUGGAAGGCGACAUGUGGCCGGACUACCUGAACCCCGAGAAGCUGCAAAUUGCGAAAGUGAAGGAGCUUCAAGUGCCGGAAGUGCAGGAGCUGCUGGAGAGGAAGGAAAAGUACUGGACGAAGCGCAGGCGGAAGUUUCCGGGCGAGGGCGGUGAAGAGGCGCAGCCUGAGAAGAAGAAACUCACAAAGUCGGAGAGGAAGAAGUUGAAGAAGGAGGAAAAGGAAAAGGUCCAGCUGAGGAAGCAAGGAGUCAAGGGCGCUGGUGCUGUUGUCGACAACGAGGCCCAAAGCGAUGCACUAACCGGCUCGAAGAAAGCCGACAUCAACCCGCACAUCCGAUGCAUCCACGACUCCGUCCCAGUCAGCUCAAUCCGAGACGUGCUCGACCCGACAAAUGCAAUGCACAAGAACACCACACCAGCAGGCCGGGAAUACGUUCUCCCCUUCAUAAACGUUAAAUACCGAGCGCGCGUGCGAGUGGUGGACUUCGAACCCAAGCGCCUCGAAGAUUUCGUCCAUCAAGGCCAACCUGCUCGCCGUGAGGAUGACGGCGAAGACGAGGCAGUGAUGGACUGGGAGUCCUCCGCUCGCUGGGAAUGGGGCUUCUCCCUACAGCUGGAAGACGCGUCGCGCACGAAGGAGUCCGACGGGGAUGCGAGCAAUAGACUGUGGGUGAAUGUGCGGCAUCAAGACGCGCAGUACUUGUUUGGAAACGAUGUUGGCGACCCCGAAGACCUGCGGGACGAUGCGCAUUUGCUGGCUCAAGUGCGCGAGAAGCUGUGCAUUCUGUGGGGCAAUUUGGAGGAAGCGAGGGUGAGUGGUGAAGAAGAGGUAUCCAAUCGGCCGUUUGAAUGCUGCAUUGCCGAGUACGGGGUGCAGGUGGACGAGAAGGGUUCUGGAACCGGGGGGGAAGAAGGAUCCUUUGGGUUCAAGAGGAUGUACAAGAUGUUCGGCGUGACCAUUCUAUAA